UACUAUGUAGAUUAUAUGAUGGAUAAUAAUAUACACACUUGAUCGCGCUUCAGAAACAAAGCAAAAGAAGCCUCUCUCUCUCUUAACCUCUCGUUUCACCCGUCACCAUUAUCUCUUACACUGUUACUCACCUGUCUCUCUCUCUCCUCCUGCAUCUCGAAGCCAUCCUUCGCCAUGUCCGAUGCAUACGAGCCAUACCAUGUUCUCCAACAUAGCCGACGAGAUAAACUUCGGAUGCCUUCUCUCGAUUCCCACUUCCACUUUCACCACCCUCCUCCUCCUCCUUCUUCCUCCGGCGGCGGCGGCGUGUUUCCUAUCGCCGACUCUGAUUUCCUCGCAGCCGGUGGAUUCCAUUCAAACAAUAACAAUAACCCUAGCUACAGUAACUUCAUGGGUUUUCUCGGUGGGCCAUCUUCCUCUUCAUCCACCGCAGUCGCCGUCGCUGGAGAUCAUUCCUUCAACGCCGGACUCUCUUCUGGCGACGUUCUCGUCUUCAAACCCGAGCCUCUAUCUCUCUCUUUGUCAUCUCACCCUAGACCUACUUACGAUCUCGUCGUUCCCGGCGUUGUUAACUCCGGAUUCUGUAGAUCCGCAGCUGAAGCCGCCGCUGCCGCCGUCACCGUUGCUUCAAGAAGUUCCGGUCCUCUCGGGCCGUUCACUGGCUACGCAUCCAUUCUGAAAGGAUCAAAGUUCUUGAAACCAGCACAGAUGCUUCUUGAUGAUUUUUGUAGUGUAAGUCGCGCGGUUUACACCGAACAAAUCGUCGACGACGAAGAUGACGAUUCCUCUUUGCUUUUUGACCCAACGAUUGAUAAUCUCUGCGGCGUUUCUGACGCCGGCGUAGGAGAAAAUGGCAAGAAAAAAUCAAUGCUCAUCUCCAUGCUAGACGAGGUUUACAAGAGGUAUAAGCAGUACUAUGAGCAGCUUCAAGCUGUGAUGGGCUCGUUCGAAUGCGUCGCAGGUCUCGGGCACGCAGCUCCUUAUGCGAGUUUAACAUUAAAGGUAUUGUCUAAGCAUUUCAAAUGUUUGAAGAAUGCUAUAACAGACCAGCUUCAGUUUAGCACCAAUAAUAAGAUUCAACAACAACGUGGCCAUGUGAUGAACUCUGAGAAUAACACCGACUUUUUGGGGUUUGGAGGAAGUGAUAGUAGUAGAGGCCUGUGUUCUGCUGGUCAAAGACAUGGAUUCCCUGAUCACCAUGCUCCUGUAUGGAGACCACACCGUGGCCUACCCGAACGUGCUGUCACCGUUCUAAGGGCUUGGCUCUUCGAUCAUUUCUUGCAUCCUUAUCCAACUGAUACAGACAAACUCAUGUUGGCUAAACAGACAGGUCUCUCCAGGAAUCAGGUGUCGAAUUGGUUCAUAAACGCGCGAGUUAGGGUUUGGAAACCGAUGGUGGAAGAGAUUCAUAUGCUGGAGACUCGACAAUCUCAGAAAUCUUCUUCCUCUUCUUGGAGAGACACCCCCACCGUCUUCCCUGAUAACAACAACAACCCUUCUUCCUCAACGGCUCAACAAAGAGCUAACAACAACUCUUCUCCCGCUAGACGGGUGCGAAACGAUGACGUUCACGCCACCACCAACACCAAUAACAACCACUUUAUGAACGCUGGAAACAGUGGGAAUAUUGGAGGCGGCGGCGCGGUUAGCUUCUCCUACGGUAUUGCGUCAUCGAAUGUCACGGGGAUGAAUACUAGCACAAAUGGAGGAGUGUCGUUGACGUUGGGGCUUCAUCAUCAGAUCGGGUUGCCGGAGCCUUUCCCAAUGACAACUGCUCAGAGGUUUGGACUUGACGGUGGCAGUAGUGGUGGCGGUGCUGGAGGGCAGUCUUACGGUGGCGGCGGUGGUGGGUAUGAAGGGCAAGAUCGUCCGUUUGGGAGAGAUUUUAUUGGAGGUAGUAAUCAUCAGUUUCUACAUGAUUUUGUAGGAUGAUAUCAUUUGUGUCGGAAGGAAAAAUAUGCUCGACGUUUGACAAUGUAUUUGAGAUAAGGGAAAUGGUAAUGCAUGUGAUGUGUAUAUUAGAAUGUUUUUAUUUUCUUUUCUUUUGUCGAAUCUUUAAGGAAUGAAACAGAAUUGAAACUUAAUUCCAUAGAAAUGAAAUUC